CUUGUCCAUCAUAGUGCACUUGGGGUCCAGCUUUAUUUAACAGGGUGGCCUGUCAAACACCGCUACAAAGACAGAAAACAAAAACAGUCCACCUUUCAAACUGCCAGCUUUUAAAAAAAUGGCCCAGCUGCAGGCCUAUUUGCAACAUGACAACAACCGCCAUCGUCUGCUAAUCGGAUAGCUCGACUGCACCUAGCUAACGUUACGCAGCUGUCUGAGCUAAUCGGCUACCUACCGUUAGCUGUAGCGGCUCGCUUUGCCAUAUGAUACUGACGCACACUGCACAGGGACAGACCUCUACAAAAAGCCACAGGACCAGCAAAACAAACCCCGUAACGCUGAAAUGGACAAGGAAGAAGCGGACCGGCUGAUAGAGAAGGCGAAGCUGUGUUUACGGUCCGGACGGAAAGAUCGGGCGCUGCAGCUGCUAUAUGAAUCCCAGAAUAUUUACCCCAGCACCCGGGCCAGAGUGCUGAUAGAUGCCAUAGUAAGGAAUGGAGGCACCUCUGCUCCACAAGAAAACCACAUGCCUCCGCCGAGCGGCUGGAGAGACGAGGACUUUGGAAACGACGAAACAAGUCAUGCGAGUGGUAAUGAAAAGAAGAGCUACACCGAGGAGCAACGGCAGGGUGUUCUCAGGAUAAAGAAUUGCAAGGAUUUUUAUGAAAUUCUCGGUGUCCCCAAAAAUGCCAGCGAUGAAGAGUUGAAGAAGGCGUACAGGAAGUUGGCCCUCAAGUUUCACCCCGACAAGAACUUUGCUCCAGGAGCCACAGAUGCUUUCAAAGCAAUAGGCAAUGCAUAUGCAGUGCUGAGCAAUACAGAGAAGAGGCAGCAGUAUGAUCAAUACGGAGAUCAAUCUGCAGCUUCGAGUGCACCCCAACACUCCAGCCACAGUCGCCAUGGAUACCACCGAACCUUCCACAGAGACUUUGAGGCUGACAUUUCCCCCGAGGAACUUUUCAACAUUUUCUUCGGAGGAAGAUUUCCCACAGGAAAUAUCCACGUGUACACCAACCAGGGAGCCUCCUACUCUCAGUUCUAUCAGCCUCGUCGUCGACGUGCUUAUGAGAGGCGCGAGGAGGUGGUGGAGGAAAACCAGAGUCAGAACACCUUCACAGCGCUCCUGCAGCUUCUCCCUGUGCUGGUGCUAAUCCUCAUAUCAGUGUUUACUCAGAUGAUGGCCACUAACCCGCCCUACAGUCUCUUCUAUAAGCCGGCCAUGGGGCUGGUGGUCUCUAGAGAAACACAGCACAUGGGUGUACCGUACUAUGUGGAUAAAAGUUUUGAGAAGGAGUACCGUGGAGCUGCGCUGGAUGAGCUAGAGAAAACAAUUGAGAGCGACUACAUCGAACACCUGCAGAGCAGCUGCUGGAAAGAGAAACAGCAAAAAUCAGACUUGGCAAACCUUGGACAACUGUACCGGGACGAACGGUUAAAGCAGAAGGCAGAGUCAAUGAGGCUGGACAACUGUGAGAAACUGCAUCGAUUGGUCGGACGUCAAAGAGGCAAAUGAGGACAGUUUGAGAGGAGAACGUGUUUCUUUACAGACUUUACAACAAUGCAUUUUAUUAGGGGGGAAUCUAUCCAAUCUGGCCACUUUGUAAAGAAAUCUCUUUUAGGUACAGCGCAGUCAGUGGCAGGUCAUGCCGCUGGAAACAAUGUGCCUUCUCUCCUCUUUGAUGGUAGAAAACAGAGUUGCAUGUCAGCUGCCAACCCUGACUGUGGUGUCAGCGUCAAGUGCAAACUCACUGUGGCAGUGUGUAUGAUGUCUCCGAGCCUUUAAACUUUCUUAUAGAAAUGGCAUGACAUAAGGGGUCUCCCUUUGGGGUUAUGAAGGCAGUAGUAUGUUCACACAUACAUGUUUUAGGUUUUGUAGUUUACCUGUAUUUAUUUUUGAAUGUUUUUGUGUUCUCGCUGAAAUUUUAGGUGUAUUUAUUUAAUAGUUAAUAGAGUGAAUGUUGACUUGAGCAUCUUGGCUCAUGUUUUUUUCUGUUGGAAGUAAUGAAGUACAGUGACUUUAAUAAUACUGUAGUUUUUGGACAAAUUUGAGAGCUUCUGUACUGUGAAAUGACAGAGGCCCUUUUAUUUAUAACAGAUAAAUCAGACAUUAGGAAGGACUGCAAUGUGAUUUAUACUGUGGUUAAUCAAGCUAUUUGAUCUCUAGCACUAAAGCAAUAGGGGGCACAUUAGAGUCAAAUUUUACAAAUCAUAACCACAUGUUAUAAAAGGUUGUACUUGCCAAAAAAAAAAAGAGUCGUCCCUCACAUUAGAGCUCUCCUGCACUACUGCUUGCAUAGGUGUUUAUUUCAUUGGCCAUUAAUCUUCUGCCAUUUAAGAAGUAUAGUGUUUCAGCUUCAGGUAUAGGUUUGAAGUUUAAGCCUUCGAAAGGACUGUUUUGCAAAUUUCAAAGAAGUGAUUUUGAUGUUACAGACAAGGGAGUCGAGUUCAACCAAAAAGCCCAUUCACAGUCUUGCACAUUGUUGACGCUCAGUUGUGAGCAAUAUCUGUAUGGUUGUCAGGCCUUAGAUGGCAUGCAAUACCUUCUUUUCCAAAAUGGUGCACAAGCGUAGAUGAUUUCGUUGUCAGAAAAAUGCUAUUUGGCUCAUAUUUUAUAACUGUUUUGUAAAUUCUGCACCUUUAAUUUACAGUGAUGUUUUAUAAAAGUUUCAACUUUAAUGAAAUGAUCAAUAUAAAUUGUGUUUAGAAAUUCUAUUUAAAGCUACAGUAGGUAACGUUUAUUUAAAAAAGAAAGUACUAUUUGCUGAAACUGUUACUAUAUCUUGACAGUAGUACAUGAGACAGAUAAUAUGUGAGAAGAUCAUGGCCCUCUGGCUCCUCCUUGUCCUGUAGAAGAUUGAAAGUGAAAGCAAGAUUCGCAUUUGUUGUCUGUUUACUUAUCUUUGCCGUGUACGCUGUUGUUGGCUGCGCAGCAUGCACACAAGCACUGACUGACUCUGUGUUAGACUCAUCCUGGCUCUGAUUGGUUGUUUCUGUUCAGGCACAGUGGAAUCUUGCAAAUGCCAUUAGGAGCUCUAGAAGGAAGCAGAGGAACAUGAUUUUUUCACAUAUGAUCUGUCUCAUGUACUACUGUCAGGGAAUAGUAACAGUGUCAACAAAACUAACGAAAUGUUAUUUUAUAAAAAUUACCUAUUGCACCUUUAAUAUCAUCCCCCACAGCUAGGAACCAGAAUUGUGACUUUUCCCUGUCAGAUCUUGUCAUGAGUAGGACGCUAACUUUGUGAACUUGUUGACUUUGAUUCUCCAUUCAAACCCUAUACAGACGUCGAUACUUGUUGCUGUGCACUAAGACUGCCAAACUGCCUUAGCUGUUCUCAUACUUGCGAAAUAUUCAGGUUCAUCUCAAGCACUUUUAAGUUAAUAUCUAAACUUGUGUUCCCUAUUGUUACUGUUGCAUGCACCCUUGUGAGAGACUGUUUUAUUAGUUACGUAUUUUUUUUUUUCGGCGAACACAUCCUCAUGACUGCUGACACUAAAUGUUGAUCGAUUAGAAUAUUCAGGUCCACACUGUAACUGAAAAACAUGUAAAACCUUGACUGUGAUACACAAACAUCAGGUUUUGGUAUCAGUCGGUGUGGUAGUGCACAUGAGCAACGCUGCAGAAUUCAGUUUUCAGCCAAAUGUACCUGAAAAUUAAAGAUGUAACCAGAA